UGGAGACGAGGGUUUAACACUCAGUCUGAGUCUGACAGUUGAGUUGGGGGUGUUGAACAGUUUGGAUGGCUACACUGUCCUAGCGUGCUCAGCAGACACAAACCCUCUGUGGCUCAUUUCCCACUCUGUCUGCUGUUCUGUCUCUCUCACUGUUUGUCUCGGUUUCCAGUCUUCCCAUCUGUAUGUGAUUUAGGCACAGGCUCAGGGGAGAUGCAGGUCCACUAGGGGAGAGGAAUCGGGGCAGGGAGGGAGAGAGAGAGAGAGAGAGAGAGAGAGAGAGAGAGAGAGAGAGAGAGGAAGGGAAGCAGUCAACACAAGUUUGUUUUACAGGACUCAGCUAGGGCCGCGAUAAGAGGCAGUGGUGGAUCUGGACGUCGCAAGCUGUGGAAAAGCGAAGCCAGAGGGUGCAGCCGAUCAAAAGGAGCUGCCCAGGGACUUCCCUACAGCCAGAGGACACUGAUUGAGACUUAAACGGAGGAUCAGUGGGCAAAUACAAAUAUGGCUGCAAAAUCUCUGCCCUUCUGCUUUCUCUGCAUCUUCUUAUCGACUGCAAGAAUAACUUCUGGGGAACAACAGCAGUCAGUUCUCAAAGUGUGUGGCAGGGGAUUUUUCCUCAGUGAGCAAAGCGAAUGCCUGCCAUGUAACUGCAAGGGGCAUGCUGACUACUGUGAAGACAUCACUGGCAUCUGUAUAAACUGCAAAGACCACAGCAUGGGUGAUUUCUGUGAAAUGUGUGAAGAUGGCUACAUUCUGACUCCUGGCCUGGGUGGACGCCACACCUGCCAACCGUGUGCCUGCCCCCUCCCCAUCCCAUCCAAUAACUUUGCAGUGCACUGUGACAAAGGAGGUGCCACUCUACGGUGCAAGUGCCAAGAGGGCUACGCUGGAAAUUACUGUGAGAGGUGUGCUCCAGGUUACUAUGGCAGCCCGAUGACGACUGGUAGUUCCUGUAAGAGGUGUGACUGCAAUGGUAACACUGACCCCAACCUGAUUUUCAACGAGUGCCACAAUGUGACGGGCCACUGCCAGCACUGCUGGGGAAACACUGCCGGUGCCAACUGUGAGAGGUGCGCCCCGGGGUUCUAUGGCGAUGCCAUCAGUGCCAAGGACUGCAGAGAGUGCAAGUGUGACAAAUGUGGCACCUCUUCAUGCGAUGACAGGACAGGAGUGUGUCACUGCAAGCCGGGAGUCACUGGACGGCUGUGCGACCAGUGUGAGGAAGGCUACUCGGGUUUCUCCAGCUGUCAGGGCUGUCGGAGGUGCGACUGUGGGCCAGCUUCCCUCCGGUCCACCUGCCAUCCUCUCACCCACAGCUGUCCAUGUCGCCCGGGGGCUGGAGGUCGUUACUGCGAGCGCUGUCUCCCAGGAUACUGGAACUAUAGCCCCUCUGGCUGCCAAAAGUGUGACUGUGAGAGUGGCUUCUGUGAUAUGCAUACAGGACGAUGCCUGGCAGAGCCUUCAACGGUCAACCUGUGCAACAUCACUUGUGAUCAGUGUAUCUGGCAUCUGAUUAAAGACAUGGAGAACUCCAAUAAGACACUGGACCAGCUAAAAGUUGGAGUGUUGAACAUUACCACAGGUGCUGCUGCUAACGAUAGAGUGAAAUACUACAACUACACUGCUCAUCAACUGCAGACUGGGUAUCGAGUUUGGAGAAACAAGUCAUCUGUAGUGCAGGCCCAGAUUGAGGAGCUGAAAGAGGCCGCAGAUGUUGUGGUACUGGACAUCAGAGAGCUAGGGAAAUCGGAAAGUGUGGUGAACAUUCUGUGGAACAUGUUGGAUAAUGACACACUGGAGACCUUCACACUCGCUGAACAGCUCAGCAUAAAUCUGACUGAUCUAAACAUACGCAUUGAAGAGAUGAUCCACGAUUGGGAGGUGUACAGUAUCCAGCAGGAAGUGGAUCCUGAGGUGGUGAGAAAGAACACAGAGGACGCUAAGGAAAUAGUGGCUUUGAUGAGGAAAAUAGACCUUUCUCCAGGAGAACCAAUCGCCACUGGCGAGUCCACAGAGGCCCAUGACUUGCUGGGCCGCAUUCGGCAGUUGGAAAAGAAGCUGAUGAUCACAAACAGCCGCCUCCCGUCUGUCCGAGAGAUCUUGUCCCGCUUUUCCGGCAGACUGUCAGAAGCUCAAGGCUUUCUUGUGAAAGCAGACAGCAAUGUGCAUGAGACGGAGAAUAAGAACCGAGCUAGUGUCCUCAAAUUCCAGAGGCAUGAGGCGAAGUUGCAGAGGCUAAUGGAGGACCAUGACACCGUCAACGACACUCUGGAAGCAGCCAGAGACUUUAUCGCCCAAACAGAGAGAACUGUGGCUGAAGUGGAUGCUUUGGGAAAGAACGUGACUGAGUACCAUGCAGCAAUCGAUGGCGCCAGCCAAAAGCUGACAGAGAAGACGGAGCGCCUCUCACUGGUUGACAGAGAUCUGGUUCAGAAGGCUGACAAACACGCUGAGGGGCUGGAGAGACAAGCCAAUGAGCUGGAAGAGGACCUGAGAAAGAGUGACGCCAAUGGCUUUGUACAGAGGGCUAUAACUGCUGCCAACGUCUACAACAACAUAGUGAAAUACGUUGAUGAUGCCAACAUCACCUCACUCACCACCUUCAACUUAUCCGAAAGAGCUGAAGAUGCCACUAGUGGGAUCAAUGCGCAGCUUGAAUAUCUCAUAACACAGAGUGACAAUGUUUUCAAAGAAUCUGUUACACUGCGUUCAGAGCAAAUUGAGCUAAAACAUGAGGUGGCUGACAAACUAAAAUACAUUGAGGAGACCAAAGAGACCAUGGAAAACAACAUGAAAAAACUCUCAGAAAUUGUGCAGGACAUCAGUGAACUCCAAACAGACAGAACACCACAACGUCUGGAGUUUACCUCAGAAGUGGCUUCAGAGACUCUGAAUCGCUCAGCGGAAGUUCUUCAAUCUAUCACCCCCAUUAGCAGCAAAGUAGAGGAGUGGAACAACAACAUGAAAAAUAACGAAUACUCCACAGCUGCCUAUGAACAGGCUGUUGCCUCUGCAGGGGAAGCAGUGGAGAACCUGAAUUUGCUUGUUCCUACCCUGCUGGACAAGCUGAAGCUUGUUGAGGAUAAGAAGCCUGUCAACAAUGUGACCACCAACAUCAUGAGGAUCAGAGAGCUCAUAGCCCAGGCCCGGAGUGUGGCCAAGAAAGUCCAGGUCUCCAUGAAAUUUAAUGGACAGUCCUCAGUGGAGGUUCAUCCUCACAGCAAUUUGGAAGAACUGAAGACAAUGACAUCCAUCAGUUUAUUCAUGAGGGUGGACCCUGACAAGGAUCCCAUAGAGGACCGAAUCAUCCUAUACUUGGGAGACAGAAAUGGUGUAAGAGACUACAUGGGCUUGGCCACCAAGAAUGACAUCCUGGUGUUUUUCUAUAAACUUGGAGCUGAAGACAUUGAGAUCCCAUUGAGUUCAAAGCCUGUCAGCCAAUGGCCGGCAGUCUUCAACUACGUCAAAAUAGAGAGACUGGGCAGGCAUGGAAAAGUCUUCCUAACAGUCCCAAGUCAGAGCUCCACUGAUGAACAGAAGUUUAUCCAGAAAGGUGAAGCUCCAGGCACUGAAUCCCUGUUUGACAUUGACCCCCAAGAUCUAGUGUUUUUUGUUGGGGGUGUCCCACCAGAUGUCAAGCUUCCACCUCCUUUGGAUCUUGCACCUUUCGUGGGCUGUAUUGAAUUGUCAUCGUUGAACAACGACGUCAUCAGUCUUUACAAUUUCAAACAGACUCACAAAAUAAAUCUAACCACAUCUCCACCGUGUCCCAGGUACAAGUUGGCAUUUUCACAGAGUCGCAUUGCAAGCUAUCUAUUUGAUGGAAAAGGCUACGCACUCAUCAGUAAUAUUGAGAGGAGGGGGAAGUUUACUGUUGUCACAAGAUUUGAUAUUUCAGUACGAACUAUCGCAAGUGAUGGUGUACUUUUCCUCAUGGCCAAUGAGGAUAAAUUCUUUCUUUUGGAAUUAAAGAACGGCAUCCUGCGUCUAAUGUAUGACUUUGGCUUCAGUAACGGGCCAAAGCUUUUAGAGAACAACUUAGCAAAGCUGCAAAUAAAUGAUGCAAAAUACCACGAGGUGUCAGUGAUCUACCAUCAGUCAAAGAAGGUUAUACUGUUGGUGGAUAAGAGUCAUGUUAAGUCCAUGGAGAACCCAAAAACUACCCUGCCCUUUGCAGAUAUUUACAUUGGUGGAGCUCCCUCCAGCAUCCUGAAAUCCAGGCCAGAGCUGUCCUCUGUGGUUGGCCUGAAGGGCUGCGUGAAAGGAUUCCAGUUCCAGAAAAAAGACUUCAACCUGCUGGAAGAGCCUGGCACCAUUGGUAUUAGCAGCGGCUGCCCAGAGGAGUCCUUUAUGUCGCGCAAAGCUUAUUUCUCUGGAAAGAGUUACCUCGGUUCCACAGCAAAGAUUUCACCUUUUGACAACUUUGAGGGCGGACUCAACUUCAGAACACUGCAGCCCAGUGGACUGCUGUUCUACCACAAUGAAGGGUCUGACGAGUUCAGUAUCUCCCUGGAGAAUGGUGCAGUGGUCCUAAACAACAGAGGCGUAAAGGUCAAAUCACACAAGAAACAAUACAAUGAUGGAAGGUCGCACUUCUUACUAGCUUCAGUGAACAAUCAGAAGUACUCGUUGCUGGUGGAUGACGAAGACAAGCAGUUAAAGAAGCGGCCGGCAUCGGCCGUGGGAUCGUCAUACGAUUCUGAUGUGAAGACUUUCUACUAUGGAGGAUCUCCAAGCAGCACUUCCAAGAACUUCACGGGCUGCAUCAGCUAUGCCUACAUCAACAGACUAGACCUGGACAUUGAGCCUGAGGACUUUAAGAGAUACCCAGAGAAGGUCCAGAUUUCCCUGGAGGGCUGUCCUGUACAUCAACCUCCAGCUGCACUGCUGUCAAGGCACAGGGCUAACACUUCUGGAACCAAACAGUCACAAAAGGUCACCAGAGAUAAAUCUAGCCUCCCCCCAGGGCUGACUGAGCUAGGAAGUGAUGACCAGGAAUCAGCAGAGCCAAACAUCAAGUCCUGCUUUCUUUCCUCAAGUCCCAAAUCGAUUCACCACGCCUUCCGGUUCGGCAGCAUUGCCAACAGCAGGCAGCACUACGCAGACUUCCCAGACUCCCUUUCUCAGAGGUCCCACUUCUCCUUGUCAAUGAAGACCCACUCAUCUUUUGGCCUCAUCUUUUAUGUAUCUGAUGCCCAAGAGGACAAUUUCAUGGCACUCUUUCUGGCCCAUGGGAAACUUCUGUACACUUUUAAUGUAGGAGACCAAAGAGUUAAAAUCAAGAGUGAAGACAAAUACAAUGAUGGUUCCUGGCACAGUGUUAUUUUUAUCCGUGAUGGGAAUGUGGGGCGAUUAAUAGUUGAUGGGCUCACAAUGCUGGAAGACAGCAUUCAGGGAAACAACGUCUCCUGGCACAUCAGCGGCCCCCUCUAUGUUGGAGGAGUUCCUCCAGGGAGAGCCCAGAAGAAUAUUCAGAGAAACUCUGCAUACAGCUUUACUGGCUGUAUAAAGAACCUUCAGCUUGAUGGAAAGCAGCUCUCCUCUGUGGCAGACACAUUUGGGGUCACUCCAUGCUUUGAUGGAGUCUCUGAGGGAGGAACAUACUUCUCAGAAGAAGGAGGAUACAUUGUCCUGGACGAUUCUUUCAACCUGGGACUGAGGUUUGAGCUGGUGAUGGAGGUGCGCCCUCGUGUGGCAUCAGGGGUGCUACUACAUGUGCACUCAGCAGAUGACUAUUUCACUGUGUACAUUCAUCAAGGAGCGGUGGUGGUUCUUGUAAAUGAUGGGACUCGUGAGUUCUUCACAAAGAUGUCACCAAAACAGGGAGUGUGUUCGGGCAGUUGGCACAAAAUUACCGUGAUACGGGAUGCCAACGUUGUCCAGCUGGAUGUGGAUUCUGAGAUCAACCAUGUGGUGGGACCUCUGAGCCCCAGCUCCACAGAUAGCAGAAAGCCCGUAUUUAUUGGUGGCACUCCAGAUGGUUUUCUUCCAGAAAGUGCUGCUACCAGGAAGGCCUAUGUGGGCUGCAUGAGAAACCUGACAAUCAACAACAGCCAAGUAAACUUCAGCAAAGCGGUCCUGGUCAGCGGAGCUGUCAGUGUUGGAACCUGUCCAGCAUCAUAAGAUUUCUGUGAUAUCUAGCUCAGCAAAGCAAUGACCAAAUACAUGGUAGAAACCCCGUAUCAUCAGUCUUUUUACUUUCUGACACAUUUGUGUGCUUUUUGUGUAGAAGUUGUCAGUUUUUGUUUUUCACUUCCACCAAGAGUAUGACCAAAACGUCAAUUCAAUUAAAGCAAACACUCCUUAUAAAUAAACAAAUCAGACUGAUUCCUCCAGUCCACAGUGUGAAGUACACACACACACACGUACACUAACGUUACUGUGUUACUGUAUGUUCCUUUACUUCAUAAUCUUGAUGGCACAUGUGUUUUUUGUAUAAGUUCAUUUUCAAAGCUUUCCUUUUGUACUGUUUUAUUUCUGAUAAUAAAUAACAUUUUACCUCCACUGAA